GGCUCUUUGACUACAGGAGAAACUACUCGGCUGUUGACUUAACGGAAGUGUACCAGUUUAAGAUUGUAUUGCUUUGAUGUUGGAUUUAAACGCCUAAAGCUGGUGUCCACUGUCUGUCUCACUAUCCAAGUUUACAGAACAUCAGCUGACUUCCUGUUAUGUCUGGGCACUCGGGGGAGGGUGACGCAGCCGCCCCCCCCCCCCCCCCGCUGGUAGCAGGGACUCGCAGUGGAUCACAGCUCUCACGUCUCGAGGAGGGACAGACUGUCUCCGUCCCUUUCCUGACCUGUCUGUCUCUCAGGCUGGACCUGUCUGAGUGAUGUCGAUGCUCGGCCCCGCCCCCACCAGCGGCGACGCGUGUCUCAGCAUUGUCCACAGUCUGAUGUGUCACCGGCAGGGAGGGGAGAACGAGGGCUUCGCCAAGCGGGCGAUCGAGAGUCUAGUGAAGAAGCUGAAGGAGAAGAAGGAUGAGCUGGACUCGCUCAUCAUGGCCGUCACCACCAAUGGAGUCCACCCCAGCAAGUGUGUCACCAUCCAGAGGACGCUGGACGGACGGCUGCAGGUCGCCGGGAGGAAGGGUUUCCCUCACGUCAUCUACGCCCGUCUGUGGCGCUGGCCUGACCUUCACAAGAACGAGUUGAAACACGUCAAGUUCUGCCAGUUCGCCUUCGACCUGAAGUACGACAGCGUGUGUGUGAACCCCUACCACUACGAGAGGGUGGCGCCCCCCCCCUGCUCAGGUCCUCAGCCUCUGAUAAAGGAGGAAUUCAUCCAGGACUGUCUGCAGGAAGACCCACCGCCCCUCCCCAACCCCUACACGCAGCCCCAGCCUGCUGCCACAUAUCCCAGCAUGCCUCUGUCUCCUCCAGGCUUCAGGUCUGUGACUGCAGCUGCUUCGGAGGGAGGCGUUGAAAGGGCCCACCCCGACGGACCUGGCCUCUUUCAGAUCUCCCUGCCUCAUAGGCAUGUGGGUCAGGCCUCCCCUCCUCCCCCCACCUCCCCACACCAGCAGAGCCCCGACUACAGUAGCCUCCCCAGAACCGCAGCCACCUGGACAGGUACCAGCCUGAGUGGGCGGAGCCACCAGCCUUCGUUACAUCAUCAUCACCAGCAGGCUCCCAGCGCACACUUCUGGUCCCAGCAUCACAGUACGGCCCCAUAUCCUCAGCCGGUGUCCAACCACCCAGCUUCUUUUUGCUUUCCAGGUCCAGACUUCUGGUGCUCCAUCUCAUACUUUGAGCUGGAUGUUCAGGUUGGAGAAAUGUUUAAGGUCCAGUCAAGCUGCCCUCUGGUGACUGUGGAUGGAUAUGUGGAUCCUUCAGGGGGAGAUCGUUUCUGUUUGGGACAGCUGAGCAAUGUCCAUCGCACUGCAGCCAGCCACCGGGCCAGGCUCCACAUCGGCCGGGGGGUUCAGCUGGAGUGUCGGGGGGAGGGGGAUGUGUGGAUGCGUUGCCUCAGCGACCACUCUGUGUUUGUACAGAGUUUGUACCUGGACCGGGAGGCCGGCAGAGCACCUGGAGAUGGAGUUCACAAGAUCUAUCCUGGAGCUUACAUCAAGGUGUUUGACCUGCGACAGUGCCACAGGCAGAUGCAGCAGCAGGCGGCAGCGGCUCAGGCAGCUGGGAGUCAAGCUGCUGCAGUUGUCGGUGCCGUUCCGGGUCCGAACAGCGUGGGAGGGAGCGGCCCGGCUGUCGGUGUGUGCUCAGCUGCAGGUCUGGGGGUGGACGACUUGCGCAGGCUGUGUAUCGUGCGUCUGAGCUUCGUUAAAGGCUGGGGCUGCGAUUACCCACGGCAGAGCAUUAAAGACACCCCAUGCUGGCUGGAGGUUCACCUGCACCGAGCACUGCAGCUGCUUGACCAGGUGCUGCACUCGCUGCCACAACAGGAACACACACUGUGACGUUGUACGCUUUAGACCACCAACCAACCACUUUCCUCCUGUCGGUCGAAUCACCCGAGCAGAAACAUGCAAUGGUCUGUACUCUGAUGUCCUCUGUGUGGAGGAACGUCAAAGACACAUCUGACAGGUCUAAGUAGAGAAGGACAAUGAACAACUUGAUCACUGUUUGAGAUGCUUUUGCACCCACAACACCUUAUUUUUUUAAGUUCUGUCCGUCCAGCUUCUAAAGCCAAAUGACUGAACAGCUACAACUGAAAAGCCUUUUUUCAUUCCAGCAUGUAUAAACACAGCUAAUGUACAAUCAUCAUUUAUUCUGAGGGUUUUACUCUAACACAUUUAUUAUUACCGUACUCAUGUGGGACAGCUUGUAGUUCAGUGUAUUUAUACAGCACAGCUCCAGUUCACUCGUAUCUCAAGGCACUUUACAAUGUGAUAAUUUAACCCCCUAUAAAACACAAGAAUACAACAAUACAGAGUUGAACAGAAAACCAACUAAGCAGCACCAGAAGACAGGAGAAGCAGAACCCUGAGAGGCCAUCUGCUUUGUGGUGAGGAGAGAAAGGACAGUCAGCAGCAGUCAGAACACAGGCAGCAACUGCGAAAACACAAAACCUUAAUUAAUAUCAUGUUUUUCUUCCACCUACAAUCAAUGGAAAUUGUUUAUUGUAACAUUUAUGAGCUAACAUGUACAGUAUGCAUAUGCCACUGGUUCAAAUGUUACUCGGUGACACGGUACGGGAUGACUCCACACUCUGUGGCAACAGUGGGAGCAUGUCCAGUCGCUCUAUGAGCAUCACAAGCCAUGAACUUACCUGAAAACUACUGAAGCUGGAACAGGGCUGUGGCACAAACCCUUUUAUUACAGUUGAUGUUAUGUACAGUAGAUGCACAGCCUCUGCAGGAAAACACGUUAAAACGUAACUUUCAUUACAAACUGUUACAUAGCAGUAAUCACCAGUUGCUUCUGCUAACAAUGUUUAUCUUGGCCUGAGUCAAGUGACCCUUCAACUACUGGACCACAGGCGCUUGUAAGAUUUGUGUUUAUUGUUUUGUUGAACUGUUCCCAUACAAUGCUAAAUGUUAACCAACAAUGGGUUACGUUCAUCGUCACUUUUUAAACGUUUUUAUACCAAAAAGUAUUGUAAUAUCUGCUCUUUACUCUGAUUAAACUUUUAGCUUCUUUCGUU